UCGAUUAUCUGCAAAGAGGCUUGAUAAAGAACAAGAUAAAGUAAUAAGUGUAAAGAAACUCCUAAGUUCCAAUUAACUGAAUUUCCUUAGAAGGUUGCGAUGUUCGCAUAUAUAUUAUAUAAUAUUAUACAUGUGUGCUAUAUAUUCUUACAUGUGAUUAUAAAAAAACCUCCGAUCAUACAUAGGCCUAAUUUUUAGUGCUCAACUUUUUCAAGACUUUACAGUGAGAGUUUGAAAUUUUAGUAAGUGACCAAAGGCAUACAUUUGAUACAAAUUAUAAAUGUAGUUGCGUCUGUGUGUAUGUAGAAUAUUGUCGCAAAAUUUUUUUUUCCCUCAUAAAGUCAUGGCUGCUUGAACAUACUUUUAUAUGCACAUAUUUACAUACCCAGCAGUUUAUCAGAAAAUAAGCAAGUUUCUAAUUAAAAAUCCACAAAAGUUUCAAGAUUAUAUUAAAUAUAGAACCAUUGUCGAACUGUUAUCAGACUUGUCAGAUGAUCGAAAUCUAACAAUUGUAUAUAAAGGAGGCAAUCGGCUGACUAGUUGGGCUUGUGAUUCAUACUAGUAACAAAGUAUUCUAUAUCUAUUCAAUUUUACUGCAGGGUAUUUACAUAUACAUUUAUAUAUGUGAUAUGAUGAUAGAAUAAUACUUGUGCCUGUAUAGUAAAGCACUAACUUUAAUUUGGUAUAAGUGGAAGCAAUAACGUAUGUGUGUAUAUGCAAUGCAGUGUUGUUAUGUGCAUUCUACACAUUUACUCACAUAUUAUCAUAUGUCAUAUCGAAUCGAGAGGCACCCACUAGUCAUAGCACAGCCCUAAGAUUUGACCCCUAGUAAGGGAAAUAUAUAAAAAAUUAUGCUUGUGUGUGUAAUACACACAAACACAUUCAUAAAUGUCAACAUAAAAAUAUAAAUGUUUGUAUUAAUCAUAGUGGCCUCAGAUUGAGACGCUCACACAAUCACGGGCUCAUAAGGCAAACGCCGGCUCUAAUUCUUUAACUUCAAAAUUAUAUUUACUGAGGACUUGGACAAUGCGAGCGGUUAUUCCUGGCCUUCUUAAGGCAGUCUCAUUUUGUAUUUUAGUCAUUAAUGCUGCAAAAGCAGUAGAUAUUUGCAAAAGAGGAUGCCCUCAAUCUGAUGGUGAAACCCUAAAAUUUCAAUCAGGCCAUCUUUAUGAAUACAAUUUCGAUUCAAUAUUGGAAGUUGCCCUUGGCACGGACUCAACUACAGCUGCAGAUGAUACAAGCUUAAAGUUGAUCGGAACAGCUAAGGUUUUCGCUGAGGGCAAUUGCGGAUAUACGUUGCAACUUAGUGCAGUCAAAGUUUCAGCUACCAAAGAAGCCACCGAAAAGAAGAUAGUACAGAACAUUCAGAAGCCUAUACAUUUUACUCUGGUGAAUGGAAAAGUGGAGCCACAAUUGUGUUCCGAUCCCAAUGAUAACCAAUAUGCUAUAAAUAUCAAACGAGCCAUUAUUUCUUUGUUACAAUCUAAUACAGAGGAUGGUACAGAAGUCGACGUUUUUGGCCAGUGUACCACUCACACAUCGGUAUCGAAUGUUGCAGGGUCACAGGUUGUAACCAAAGUACGUGAUCUAAAUCAUUGCAGCUACCGAGAGAAUACUCGCAGUAGCUUAAUACAUGGGGUUGUCAACCAGGCUGCCGGAGUCAAAUCUGCCCAACUUUUUAAGGCUAGCUAUGUUAAAGAAUCAAUAAUAUUGGAUGGUGUUGUUGAAAGUGUUCAUUUGGUUGAAGAUUAUAACUUUGGUGUUGCCGAAAAUGAUGUGAACAGCAUACGAGGAAAAGUUAUUACAAAUUUGAAAAUAAAAAAUGUAGCGGGAUUAAUUUCUGUCGCCCCACAAACGGGAAACCAUGGUGUUUCGAUAAUUUUUCAAAAACCUGAAGUAUACGCUACCAAAAAUUUAGCAGCUUUAAAAACGGCUUUAACACAAUUAGUCAUUUCACUCGAUUCAUAUGUAAAGAAGGAUAGUGCCAAAGGCUUUAUUGAACUUAUACAUUUGAUGCGCAAUGCUGACACAGAUACUUUGCUUGAAUUGGCUGUUGUUCCCCACCCGAAUACCGUUUUGACCCGCAAAGUCUAUCUAGAUGCUUUAUUCCAUACUGCCACUUCUGAAUCGGCCAAGGCUAUAUUCAAGCAAUUUAACAAAAUGAAUGAGCAAGAAAAGCUUAUUGCCAUCAUUUCAUUAAACCUUAUUCAAACGGUGGACAAAGAUACUUUAAAUCAAGCAAUUACCUUGCUGACACCAACUGCAUCAAAACACGUAUAUUUAUCAAUUGGUUCAUUGGUUUCGAAAUACUGUCAAUCUAAAGCAUGCGUGCAAGGAGACUUAGACGUUAUUACAAAAAAAUUUGUUGAUAAUUUAAAACACUGCAAAGCUAACACAAGGAAAGAUGAAGAUCGUAUUGUAAAUGUAUUGAAAGGAAUCGCUAAUAUGAAACUUACAGCUAGCAAUUCUGUUCCUGCCUUAGCUGAGUGUGCUUCACCUGGGCGCUCAAAUAGAAUACGUGUAGCAGCUCUACAGGCUUUCUCCUCAGCCAACUGCGAUUCAGUACUGACACAAAAAGCUUUAGCUUUACUCCGCGAUCGAAACGAAGAUUCUGAGCUAAGAAUUGAAUCAUAUUUAGCAGCUAUUGAGUGCCCAAACGCAAAUGUGGCCAUCGAAAUCGCAGAUAUUGUCAAUUCAGAAGAAGUUCAUCAAGUUGGUGGUUUCAUUGCAUCAAGUCUUAGAGCGAUACGCGAUUCAACAGACGAUCACCGUGCCCAUCAGCGUUAUCAUUUAGGUAACAUUCGUAUUACUAAGCAUUUCGCAAAGGAUCUAAGGCGAUACAGUUACAAUGAUGAAAUAUCUUAUAAAGUUGAUGCCCUUGGCAUUAGUGCAAGUUCAGACUACAAACUAAUAUACUCUCAACAUGGAUUCCUACCCCGUUCAGCUACAUUAAAUGUUACUGCAGAAAUUUUCGGAACUAAUUUCAAUGUUUUCGAAGUUAGCGCAAGACAAGAAAAUUUAGAGAAUAUUCUGGAAUAUUAUAUUGGACCUAAAGGCUUGCUUAAUAAAGAUUUUGAGGAAAUAAUGAAAAUGGUCGAAGAGGUGGGCACUUCUGGUGAUAGGACUCGUCGCUCAAUUGCUGAUGACACAUCAAAAUUCUCAAGGAAAUACAAAACAUACGGCAGCAAGAACAUUCAGGAUGUCAACCUUGACUUAUCGCUAAAAUUCUUCGGCUCUGAAAUGUUUUUCCUUAGUUUAGGUGAUCAAAUACCUAGUUCAUUAGAUGAUAUUAUCAAAUGUGUUUCUUCAACAUUUGAUAAUUUGAAAAAGGAAUUAUUAUCGUUUAGCAAAGAGUACACUUUAUAUGAUCUGUUUCUUGAUAUAAAUGCUAUAUAUCCCACUGGUCUCGGUAUUCCUCUCGAGCUGAAUACACAAGGUUUCACAGCCAAUAAAUUAGAAUUCGGAAUCAGUUUAGAUAUUGACAGUGUCAUUGAACAGAACUAUCUAGCCACUAAAUAUCAAGUUAAGCUUGUGCCAAGCGUUGAUGUUAGUUUGAAAUUACAACUUGGCUUUAACGCAUAUGCCUUAGCAACAGGCCUUCAAGUUGAAUUGAAUCUUCAUUCAGCCUCCGGUGCUGACGUGAAAUUCGACCUCACAAAUGAGGGAAAUGCCUUUAAUGUAGACAUACAGUUGCCACGAAAUGAGUUGGAAUUAAUAAAUGUAAAUGUUAACCCCGGAUUUUAUAUCACGGAACUUGAUAAGCCAACAAAGGUGAUUGCUUCAAAAAAUAAUAACAAACAGAAUCCUGAUAACUAUCAAAUGUGCUUUAACCAAUUAGACAUUAUUGGAAUUAAUUUAUGUAUCGAUGCGGCUGGUAUUGCAAUUGGCAAAGAAGAUUCAUCGAAUUCUGCUGAUAUUUACAGUUUAAUACAUCCAGUUAGGUUAAGCGUCUACACAGAAGUAGAGAAGAAUUACAAUCUGCGUGGUUCAUAUAUAGCACAUACGAAUAGUGGAAGUCAAGAAUGGAAAUUAGAGUUGAAUACUCCAGGAUCACGAGAACCCCAUACAGCUACCACUACCUUUGAGGUUGGAACAAAUCCUCGUAUUUAUACCAGAUUAGCAUUUGAUACUCCUAUAUAUCACUUUGCUCUUGAGUCAGGAUUUAAUAAUGAUAAUCAGGAAUUAGUAUUUUUUGCUCAAUAUGAAGACAAUGACAAAGUUAACCGAAACCGAAUUGGUUUCCUCCGUAACGGCAAUGAAUAUCGUCCCGUUGUUGAGAUACAGGAUAAAAAUGGUGUUUCUAAUGAAAUUUUCGGUUAUCGUCUGGAUGGAAAAGUUUUUUUGCAGAAAACUGGUGACAGGCAAGCCAAAUACAUUUUCGAAAAUUUACAAGUAUCAAAUAAACAAAAUGAUCGUGUUGUUCUAAAUGGAUGGAGUGAAUUGGGACCAUCCUGGUUAAACAACGAGUUACGAGUAGGUAUUGGAAAGGAUUUAUACCUCGUCAAAAGCAACUUUAAAGUAGAUAAGGGUGUCUAUGAUAUUGGAUUUUUCACAAACGAUGAACGAUCACCUCACAACGUCUAUGGAGCCUCUGCUCAUGUUGAAUUAGCCGAACAAGUUUUCGUUGUACAAUUGGUUGGUGCAGCUGCGUCUUGGAAAGUAGAUAUCAAUAAUGAAGUACAGUACACUAUUUCUGAAGGUUCCAAGGAUCUUACAUCCAGCAGCUUUAAACAUGAUAUAGCUCUUAAAAAUAAAAAUAAUAUUGUUGGUCAAUUUAAAUUGAAUGGGCAGACCUCUGGUGGAAACAAAUUGGAUCUUGAAACAGAAUUAAUACGAGACAAAAGAGUUGCUGCCAUUUCCGUAAAAUAUGAUGGAAGACGACAUACAAAAGGUGACUAUAAUCUUGAGGUUCACGGAAAAUAUAACAAACAUUUUGCUGAUAUUAUUGCCAAGUGCGACUUAAACGGCAAUCGUUUUGUUAUCGAUAACUCUUUGGCAACCAGCUGGGGUACAUCUGUUACCUUAAAAGGUGAAAUAGGACAACGUUACUCUGCUCAGGAUAUAUAUAUUGAUGUUCACGGAGUAGCUCAAUUCAACAAGAAGGACAAGCAGCUUCAAUGGAUUCUCAAAGUCAUCGGUGCACCUGAAAAGACUAAUAGUGAGUUAAAAAUGUCACGGGAUAAUGUAGACAUUUUGAAAUACAGUGGAGAAGUGCAGCAUCCACAGGAUAAAAUAUCAGGUGGUAAAAUCAAUAUAUCUGCCAAAAAUUUAGGGACUUUAAGAGGCGACUAUAAAAUAGCCAAAAAUGGCAAAGGCGAAGCUAAUGUAGCAAUUGAAACAUUGAAAUCUGAACAAAAACACAAAGUUAAUAUAAACUCGAAAUUUCAAGUUCAAGCACCCAAAUAUGAAUUAGAAACCACCAUUAUUUUCGACGGUGAAAAGAAAAUCUUCCUUAAGACGGAAAAUUAUUUAGAUAAAGUGAAAUUCGUAACCAAGAAUUUGGCAGAGAUUUCAAACAAAAAGGCUUCUUUCGAUGCUAAUGUCGGUGUUAAAGGAGAUUGGCGCUCCAAUGGAGAAUUACAAGGAAACUUCGUUUUUACUAUCCCCACCGGUAGUGUCGUAGACGGUAAUGUUAAACGUAAAAUUUCUACAAACAGUAAAACAGGCUACAUACAUGGGGAUCUAGAUGUACAAGUAAGCGAGACUCACGGCGGUAACAAACGUACUUUGGCUUACUCAUCGCGUGUCGACAAAUUCAAUUUAAAAACAAAAGAAAUCUCACAAAAGUCUCAGCUGACCUACACCGAUAUUGAUAGCAAAAAAUUGGAAUUGACUGCUGAUAUUAAACAUUUACCAAAAGAUCAAAGCAAAUUUAUAGAUAUUAAAUCCAACCUACGAGGUGAUAUACUCAGUAUUCCUGUCGAUGCCAACUUCGUAGUUGAUGAAUAUGACAAAAAACACGCCGUAUUCCGAAUUGACAUAAAGUCUGGAGGUGCAUUUAAUUAUAAUGUUAAUGGUAAAUAUAAUUUGGGUGGUAUCGACAGUCCUGCAACUUUCGAAGUUCAGUGUAAUAUCCAAUUGCCAAAAAGUACCAUCCAAUCAAUUCAAUUCAGUUCAAAUGGUAAACUGGUCCAGCCUUCUUAUAACAGCGGCACCUAUAUAAUUGAACUGCAUGUAGACGAACGUUUCGGCGAUAAUCAAUUCUUACGCUUGAACACCAUUUCGAAAGGUUCUCAAAAACAAGGAGCAUAUACUUUUGAUUUGGAAACUAAGGAAAUGCAUGGACCAUUAAAAUUAGAGGGUACUUAUCAACAUGAGCAUCAGGGAGAUCUCAAAGAUGAUACUGCUAGCGGAAAAGAGCGGUAUUCAUUUAACUUUAACUAUAAUAAUAACUUCGUUAAAACUGCCGCUGAUCUUACUUAUGUGGGGGUUGAUACAGCUGUAGCGCAUUAUACAUUGGACAGUAGUUUCGAAUCAGCCAAAAAUAUUGAUGUGGACUUACGUCUUCAAAAACUUGAAGUUGAUGCAUAUGAGCUUAAGUGUCAGGCAAAGAGUGGUAAUAAUUUAUAUGCAUCAGUUUCUAAAAUUUAUCAGUCACAUUAUAAAAAAGGACUUGAUAUACAAGUAUCACUUCCAAAUGGUAGUCCAAUAGUUAUUGUUGGUAUCUUUGAAAUCCUGGGUGAACACAAAAUUAAAAUUACAGUAGACGUUCAAAACGUCAUUGGUUUAGAUUUUACAUCUAACGUCGAGUCAUCACAUCAAGCUAUAGAGAAUUUCUUUGUUAAAGCCAAUUGGAACUCUGCAAAAUUAAACCUUGAGAGCUAUAAUCUAGAUUUGCGGUCACAAGAUAAGUCCCUAAUUUUCAAUUUGAAAAAUGCCAAAGGAGUAAUUUUUGAUGGCAGCGCUACAUACACUCAAAAGAAGGAGAAGAACAAAACCUUUAUCGAAGGCCAAGGACAAAUGCAAUACCAUGGGAAAACACAAAAGGCAAAUUUCCGUCUCAUACAUCACAUCUUUGACAUCAACGUAGACAAAGAAGUUGGCUUUUCGUACGCUCUAGAUGGCAACUUUGGGCCCAAGAAAGGAUUGUCCACCUUAAAGAUAACGAAUAAAGGAGUUGAUGCCGAAUUAUCAAUAUGCGAAGAUAAGAAACAAUGCACAAAUGUGCAGUUGCAAUCGAUUGUAUCACAAAAUAGUCAAGAAAUCGAUUCAUCACAAAAUUCAUUACUAAUUGUUAUUGAUUUGCGUGAACUUGGUUAUCCAUACGAAUUUGAAUUCCAAUCAAAGGCUAUUCGUCAAGGACUCAAGUUGCACUAUAGCUUAGAAUCGCAGAUUGUUUCAAAUAAUAACUUGAAAUAUAUGUUAGUUGCUGAUAUCCAGCCAACAAAUUCUAACGUUCAAUUAAAAUUACCUCAUAGAGAACUCUUACUAGAGGUGAAGCAGCAAUUCCCAGAACAGGGGAAAUUUUUUGGACAUUAUGAAAAUUCUCUAGCCUUCUUCUUUGACAAAACGAAUAAACCAAAUGACGUCACACGUAUUAAAGCUGUUGCAGAUAUAACUGGUAACGAACUCACGGCUAUAAAUUUUAUUAGUGAAAUCAAAUUUGAACAUCCAACAAUUCGCCCAUUGGCAAUUUCGAGCAAAGUUGACGCUAACCGCCAGCAACAAAGUGUAAACAGUGAAAUCGUUUUCGAUAUAUUCCGCUUACCCGAGCAAAAGAUCAUAGGUUCCUUUCGAACGAAAAACACGCACCAAGGAAACAGCUUUAAUAUUACAACUUUCGAAUCGCUAUACUCCAAAGGCCUAGGAUUUAAUUACGAAUUCAGCGGCCAUACCGCACUUAAUGUAGACUUGCAAAUAUUCAACUCAGCGGCAACUUUACAUAGUGGUGCCUCAGAUUUGAAGGUCUCAGCGAAUGUCUACGCCACAAAAGAUCACUGUGAUUUGGCCGUUUAUAUUCUAAAUGAGCCCAUAUUACAGGUCGCUGCCGACUACAAUCACCAGAAAUACGCUUUUAAUACUAACAGUAAAUUGCAACUUUUCAGCCAAGCUCCGAUCGAGCUCAUAACCGAUUUUCAACCAACGGAAAUGAAAUUUAUUGCUAAACGUAAAGGUCUUAUUGAUCUCAACGCCGAUGUAACAAAAUCGAUGCCAAUAUCACUCUGA